UAAACACUCAUCAGUUGUCACGUCUUGUCAGUGAGUUGUCAAUGUGGUUAGUAAUUUGUUUUUAUUUUAUUGAGUUCUUUGAACAUUUAUAAUUGCAAAAAGUUUCUGUAAACUAAUAUUUCAUUAGAGCAAUGACGAACAAAUUGAGUUCGAAGUUUUUGGAAUUACUUCGUAACUUAAAGCCAGAUGCAGUUCCUCGUCCACCGCGACCCGAGGAUUUAAAUGAGAAUAUUCAGGACGAGAAUGUGAACUCUACCAAUACCAGAACGGAAGAUGGAAAUGCAAAUGAUUUGAAAAAAGGCAAAAAGAAGCCGAAAUACAAAAAGUCAUUUUCAACACCCAAUGACGAACCAUCAUCUGCUUUCGAUGAAGACGAUAAUGAUAGACGUAGUAGCAAUGGAAGCAGUGUUGUUAAUACGCAAUCUGGUGGAAAUGUGAUUAAUAUUGUCAAUGCAAGUAACAUUCGCUGGGGGAAUGAGUUUGUUUAUUAUUUGGGGCCUGUCAAUGGUCACCCACACAAAAGUAGUCCCAAACAUGAUGAGGAACAAGUUGAAAAAACAAAUCUUAUAUCUCUACUAUUGGAAUCAGAAAUUAAGCCAGAACAUGAAUACAUAGACUAUAUUUCUAAAAAUCUGGGCAAGAACUGGUACAGCAUAUUCCGAGCUCUAGGCUACACUCGUGGACAGAUAGAAACUGCAGAAAUUGACAUGGCCAAAAAUGGUGUUGCAGAGGCUCGCUACAAGCUGCUCUUGGAUUGGGUUAGAAAUGACGAUGAUGGUACACUAGGCAAACUCGCAACCGUUCUUUGGGAUGAAGGUGAAAGACAUGUGGUAAAGGAACUGGCGGCCUUGUACAAAAAGAACAAGAAAUAAAUUGAGGCUAAUAUAUUGUGUCAUUGUGAUUGUCAAGAAAGGUGCUUUAUUUAGUGUGAAUGUAAAAGGUUUAUGAAACCUUAAAUACUCUAAUAUAAGUUUUAUAGGCUGCCAGUUAGCAAUAAUUGAAAGAUUCAAAGCUUUUAAAUAUCAACAAAUCACAUUAAUGCCUUAGGGUUAUAAUGUAGUAGAUAUUUCAUGUAAUAUGUACAAACAUGUAUGUAUUUAAUUAUCAAAUAUUCUAAUACAUACUUUAUUAUUUGAAUUAUAUAAAUUUUUAUAUUUACAUGGCAUGAAGGCAAUCUAAAAGCAUUUUAUAUGAAAUAAAAUAUAAAUAUAGAUGUAUAUUUACAAAAUGAUGAUUUAUUUUUCAUUAAUUUGUUUGUACUUGUAUUCAUAGGUAAUAUUACGCCGAAUCAUAGUAAAAUGGAAUACAAUUAUAUUAGUAUUUAUCGGAAAUAAACAUAACUUGAUACAGGGACCAAGUCGAAAAACUUAAGACUGUUAAUAACAGUUCAUGUGAAGUAUGAUAGUACAUAUUUUUAAGCAAAACAGUUGUAUGUGACCACUGGGUUAUCGGAUCUUUUUAACACGCUUUUAUUAGCUUGAUUGAACAAAGUUUUUACCAAUUUCCAAAGGUAUAUGUUCUAUUUUGUAUGUAUAUUUUAUAGCAAAAAUCAGAAAUGCUCUGUAUACUCGUAUGCAGAAUAUAUUAUAUUUUUUUAUCAAUGUGCAAUAAAUUUUCCAAGUUCAAAAUUUUAUAUAAUUUACUAUGAAGUUUAGUUUAAUAUAAGAAUGUUGUAACAUUUUGAUAUUUGAGAAAUUUUAAAAGAAUAGAAAAAAUUUGAUCACGAGGCGAGAUUCGGGGAUUCACUGGUGGCCGAGAGGCCAGGCGUUGCUACGGAUUGGGUAACGCGGGUUCGAAUCCCGCCUCGUGAUCAUUUUUUUUCUAUUCUUCCAAAACUUCUCAUUGAUAAAGCAUUUCAAUGAUAUAAAAUAUUAUUAUAUUAAUUGCGGAUAUUAAAGGAGUACUAAUGUUUAAACCGGUAUUUCUUAGCGCAACAGUAGAAAGAAAAACAUAUAUAUAUAGAUUUUUAUUUAUUACAUUGACUUAUGCAUGGCAUUAAAUUCAGUUUGCACCAAUAGAAGUUUAUUUUUAAUGGCUUCCAAUAGUGAGAUGGUACAAUUGACCUUGUUCAUGGAAGAAGCUAGUACAAAUAUGAUAAUCAAAUUUCCAUUAUAAUUAAGAUUAUUGGCUUGUGAUAUUUUUUGUAACAAUUUACAUGAUAUAUUUUCUUUCAUAGUUUUAAGCAUAUAUGUAUAGGUCUCUUAAAUAUAGCUAUAUAACGUACAUAGAUUAGUCAGAGAAGCUUUAAAAUACAAUUACUAAUAAGGACUUCAAUAGAAGUAACAAUUAUUACCUACAGUAAAAGCUUUCUGACUAUCCUAGUAUGCUUAAUGAUAUACAUUAAAUCUUAAAAAAAUAACAUAGGCAUGAAAGAUAUUGAAACCGCAAUGAUUGUGCAAUAAUAAUCUCAACUAAUUCGUUACCGCCUAAAAAAAUUCGGUCAAAAUUUUUUACUUUAUAUUCAAUCGUAAGAUACGUAACUAUACAGGAACUAUAUUCUUGAAGUAAAUGAAGUGUUUUUCUAGUCAUGUCUAAAGUGUUUAUAUAAUUUUUGGAAAUAAAUUUUGCAGUUAUCAAUAAAAUUU